AUGCUGAAAUCAUACGUUACCGCCUUACUUCUUACCCUGAUGACCGCUGCCCCGGCAGCGGCUCAGUGUAAGAGCAGCCAAGUCACCAUCCCAUGCACUGGCCCCAAUAGUAAUACGGGAAUAUACAAGUGCGACGAAGAGGCUCUGGCUCAGGCGUGCAGCCCGGGGCAAAAAGCGGGAUCCUUCCUCCCGGUCAGCUCUCACUGCAAUUUAGCGAAUACUGACCCCAGCGGUAAAAGAUUCUGCGUCUAUGAUGUAAUCCACCCGGUUUGCCUUGAUUGUUCCCCCCUUCUCCGUUGGUGUCAUUUAUAA